GGUCUACAGAAGAGGAGGUGGUGUUUUCUUUUAAUAUUGUACGACCACUUUUUUUCUUUUAAUAGUGUACGACCUUGUUGAAUUGUAAAUUUUAUUUGUGGGCUCAAAUUAAACAUUUCAAAUAUUAUAUAUUGCCAAUGUACAGUAGAUCUCAAUGCAAAGACACACGCACAGGCACAGGCACAGGCACACACACACACACAAACACACACAGCUCAAUUCAGUAGCACUGACACUCACAUUUCCGGUAGCCGGAAAUGUACAAAAGAGGAACACCCUUUUUUUGUCUGCACUGACACACGGUUGCAACUCAACUUAAAAGACAUACAGAGAGGGGAAGUGUAACAGGCAGAUUUUAUUAGUCCAGAAGGGUUGUUUAUAGAUCAGGUAGAAGAGGAGGAGAAGGUCUUUGUUGAAAGAAGCUGCCAGAACCGCCUGCGAUUUGGACGGUGGAGAGGUAUGGCAGUGUGGGAUCUGUCAGUCACACUGGAGGACCUUGGCGCUGAGGCACCACCCAUUACUGUCAGUGUAACCUCUGACCUCCACAUAGGUGGGGUCAUACUCAAACUGGUGGAGAAGUCACAGGUGAGGCGUGACUGGUCAGACCAUGCCCUGUGGUGGGAGCAGAAGCAGCAGUGGCUCCUGCGUCCCUCCUGGACUCUGGAGAAGUGUGGCAUCCACGCCGAUGCCCGGCUCAUCUUCAUGCCCCAGCACAAGGCCCUGAAACUGGGCUUGCCCAACGGCCUGACCAUCCGGGUCCGGGCCUGCUUCUCCGGGUCUGUGUUCCGCACCGUGCUGGGUAUCUGCAAGAUGCUGAACAUCCGUCGGCCAGAGGAGUUGUCCCUGCUGCGUCCUGUAGAGGAGAAGAAAAAGAAGAAAGAUAAAGACUUGUCUGAGGAAGUGUACGACCUCACAGACGUGCCUCUAACUUCAGUGUCCCGCCCCUGCUUGUAUAACGGAAUGCCUGCCCAUUUUGCUGACUCCCCUAAGACUGAGAAGGUGUACAAGAUGCUGUCAGUCCCCCAGCCUGCCCCCGCCCCAGAGGCCAUUGCAAAACUGUACCGCCCUGCCAGCAUUGUGGACAAGGCCCACAUCCACAGCAGGUGGCUGGACUCUUCUCGGUCACUGAUGCAGCAGGGAGUUCAGGAGAAUGAUAGACUCUGGCUGCGCUUCAAAUACUACUGCUUUCAUGACAUGGAGCCCAAGUACGAUGCUGUGCGUCUGACCCAGCUGUAUGAGCAGGCUCGCUGGGCCAUCCUACUAGAGGACAUAGACUGUACCGAAGAGGAAAUGAUGCUGUUUGGAGGCCUGCAGUACCACAUAAACAAGCUCUCCCUGUCAGAACCCCAAGCCAUGACCUCUACUCCUGCCAUGGAUGACCUGGACUCAGCCCUGCAGUGUCUGGAGGUCAAGCUGGAUGUGGGGGGAAGCAGCCCCCAAGACUUGCUGGAUAACUUGACAGCUCCAGAGCUGAAUGAUUACUUGAAGAUAUUCCGCCCCAAGAGACUGACUCUGAAGGGAUACAAACAGUAUUGGUUCAAGUUUAAGGAUGACUCUAUCUCCUAUUAUAAGAGUAAAGAGGAGAGCCUGGGGGAGCCCAUCCAGCAGAUCAACCUAAAAGGCUGUGAGGUCGCACCAGAUGUGAACGUCGCUGGACAAAAGUUCUGCAUCAGACUUCUGAUCCCAGCCCCGGAGGGCAUGAACGAGGUCUAUCUGCGCUGUGAGAACGAGGAGCAGUAUUCCAGAUGGAUGGCAGCCUGUCGUCUGGCCUCUAAGGGGAAGAGUCUGGCUGACACCUCGUUCCAGAGUGAGAUCCAGAGCAUCCGCUCCUUCCUGGCCAUGCAACAGACCAACCCCAGCACCAACAGCAGUCAGACGGACGACAACAUCAACACGCACAGCCUGGUGUCACCGCGCUACAGCAAGAAGUACAAGACCAAACAGUUGGCCCCUAAAAUCCUGGACGCCUAUCAGAACGUGGCUCAGCUGUCCCUAACCGACGCCCUACUCCGCUUCCUCCAGAUAUGGCAGGCUCUGCCCGACUUUGGCCUUUCUUUUGUGGUGGUAAGAUUUAAGGGCAGUCGGAAGGACGAGGUGCUGGGCAUCGCCCCCAACCGUCUGAUCCGUAUCGACCUUGGGGUCGGAGACGUGGUCAAAACCUGGCGUUACAACAACAUGAGGCAGUGGAACGUCAACUGGGACAUACGACAGGUGGCCAUAGAGUUUGAUGGGAAUGUCAACAUAGCGUUCUGUUGUGUGACCGCCGACUGUAAGAUCGUCCACGAGUUCAUUGGAGGCUACAUCUUCAUGUCGACGCGCAGCCGCGAGCAGAGCGACACCCUCAACGAGGAGCUCUUCCACAAGCUGACAGGGGGCCAUGAGGCCCUGUGACAACCCCCAACCAAGGAUAUACCGUAGCAGUAGCCUAACAGGUCCUCUAUUCAUCAGAUGGACACCAGUGGACAGAUUCAGUGUUGAAGGAUUUAAAACCAGUUAGCCCUGAGACCUCAAUAAAAUAAGGAAAAUUUUAAUAAUGAAUGAUGUUAUAGAAAAUUACUUUCAAACUUAGAAAUUGACAAUGUUGACAUCCACAAAUAAAUGUUUAUUGAUGUACAAAA